AUGGAUGGCAAAAAUCGCAAGAAUGGUCAGCCCGACUGCCAACCGCUUCAAGAAAUCAGAAUUCCAUGUCCUGUGUGCAAAUGCCGGAAUUUCAGGUCAGAGCAGGCGUUUGGUCAUCAUAUGCAGGACGAGCACAACAUCUUUCCAUGUCAUAAAUGCGACGCACUCUUUGCGUGUAGGGAUGACCUAGCUACGCACAAAAGCGAGAGACACGGCAAAAUCUAUGACAAACUCAAGCACAAGAAGAAACGCAAGCAGAAACAGAAAGGCAAAUUCAGGCCUCUAAUCCAAAGUGCCUCCAUGCCCGCAUCAGAGAAUACACCGUCGACCCAGCUGCCAACAAUGCAGCUUCGUCCACAGCCGGCACGGACUCGUCCAUCAACCUCCCAUGCCCGCCAACCAUCUACUGAGACCCCGAAACCACCAGCACAAGUACGACAAUCAAUCAUGCAGCCCGGUCAGUCAUCCGCUUGGAUCCACCAAGGACAUAAGCAGAGCGCUCCAGCACGCGCUGAAGUCUUCCGAUCUCCGCAACACCAAUUCCGUCAAAUGCGCCAUCCACUCCCUCCACGGCCAGCGAACGUCCCUCAAGUCCCUUUAGGGGUAUAUCGAGUACCUUCCCACAGCUUUCAGAUGCUUUCCCCAGGCUUUCAGCCACCCCCUCAAGCCUUCCAACCAACAGGACAGGUUACUCAAGUCCCAAUGAGAUUCUAUCAAACAUAUAAACAAGUUCCCCAACCAGUGGGAGUCCCUGAAUCCCCAGCAGGGGUUUAUCAGCCACCUGUUGAACCCUAUCUUACACCUUCUCCGGUGUAUCAGACAUCAACUCCGAUCUAUCAAACACAUCCUCGUCGCAUGAAGAACAAGGUACAGGUCUAUUGGCUCCCGCUUCAGGUGUCUCAGUUCCUAGAAAAUAAGCAUCGGUCUCCACAAGCGUUCUGGAACUCUGAGUUCUUUAAUAAAGAGCCUCAGCAUCAGCAGUCUCAGUAUCAAGAGCCUCGACAAGCUGAGCAGGUCUUACGGGCGCCCAGGCGGGCUACAAACUCUUCUGCGCUGGACUUGCACUUCCCAGGGCAGUACUCUCAAUACCCAAUUCGGGACCACCAGCAAGCAAAGGAAGUCUCGCAUUUUCCCCAACAGGACUCGCAAUCUCUACGAAACUCUCAGUCCUUAGUACAGCACUCUCAAGAUGUGGAGAUUCCUGAGGCACUCAACAAGAAGAGCAAGCCUCUCAGUCUCUGGGACUGGACCCGCCCCCUGGAACUCCCUCAGUUCCCAGUGCAGGUCCUUCAAGAUGCAGAGGACGUUACUCAGUCUCCAAAAAGGCACUCUCAAUCCUUAGGAAACCCUGAAUUCCUAGUUUGUCACCAAGAACAAGCAAAGGCAAUCCCUCAUUCCGAAAAACCCUCUCAGUCUGCUGUGCAAAUCCCAGACCAAACGGAACAAGUUUCCCACUCCUCCCUGCAUCUAUCCGCCCACGAUCCCAUAGCCGCAGAAGCAAACGAAACCGAAACACCAACCACCUCAAUCCCAGCAACGAACAUAACAACACCAGACCUCUUCAUCCCACCCCCACCAACAGACCCAACCUUCAGUCUAGUCUACGGCACAAUGCCACACCGCUGGACUGACCUCGAACCCCUCGAACAGACCCUCAUAAUCAGAUACCUCCUCGCAACAUGCCACUCCCCCAAACGCCUACAUUCACAAGGCUACAACACCCCGAAGACCAUCAACACAAAAGCCUGUGUUCACCAGAACAAACCACACCAACACCACAUCGACCCCCGCCCCGCAAACCCAAAUUCAAGACACCGAAAAGCAAUCGUGCUAGACUGCGAAAUGAUCGAAACAACAGUCUGCACCAGCGAACUAGCCUUCAUAACCGCAAUCGACUUUCUCACUGGCGAAGUCCUGAUAAACAGCUACGUGACACCAACAGCACCAGUGACGAACUGGCUGACACCCGUUAGCGGGAUCACGCAGGAGAAAAUGGACACCGCGAUCGCGGAGGGUAAUGUAUUUGUCUCGAAUGCAGAUGCACGUGGCGCAUUGCGGAAAUUCUUGAAUCGGGAUACUGUCCUCAUUGGCCAUGCUCUUCAACAUGAUCUACGGACAUUGAGUUUGAUUCAUGGUCGGAUUGUGGAUACUUCUGUGAUCACGUCUGAGGCGGUUUUUUCAGAUGUUUCGUCCAAGACGGCUUUGCCGCGCAUCUGGGGACUUGAUACUCUUGCGGAGGAGUUGAUUGGGAUUAAGACUCGGCGGGGUGAGGGACAUAACUCGCUUGAGGAUGCGUUGGCUACGAGGGAGAUCUUGAUUUGGUGUUUGAGGGGUCCGCAGUGUCUUAAGCAUUGGGCUAAGAAGACUCGGGGUUCGCUUGCACAUAUGCGGAAUCGGAGAUGGGCGCGGAGGAAUCGGGGGAAUGGAGGUGGUGGUGCUAAUGCGAAUAACGGUUAG